AUGGAUAAGCAUAUACGAUACCGACGGUUAGAAGAGACUUAUAACAUGGCCGUUUCACGAUGUCGUGGUGAUAUGGAACGGAGUGUUGUUGGAUGUUUUGGCAAGUAUGGUGAAAGUGCGGAGGGCCAAAGGCAGUUGGAUCAUGGAGUCGGGCAAGCAGUUGAGUAUUGGAAUGAUCGAUGUUUUGAACAAUUUGCACAAUUGAUGGAGGAGAGAGGAAUACGUAACAAACUUGAUGAAUUGGAUGAGUUACUUGAGAAAGCCAAAUCAAGGGAAGGUGAGAGUAGUGGGUUUUGUGAGAGUGGUAUAACUGAUCGUGUAGAGAGUCGAAUGUAUGAGGAGAAGCAGAACGUGCUACGACAAUUAGAAGAACGAGCGGCUGGGUUACGAGUCAAGCGUGACACAAUGGGUUAUGAGCUGGCGCAAUUGCAAAAAGAAGUCCAAGAUGGGAUACGUGUUGUUGAAGGGAUUGCUAAUGAGUUUAGUGGAGAGGAGGUCGAUGUGAGUGGGGAUAUGGAUUCCUUACUCCAAGAAUUGAAUGAUUUAAUUAAAGAAUGA